AUGACAGAAAAGAUCAUAUUACAAGCACAAAAACAUCUACCCAAUAUAGAUUUAAAACUAAUAUCACAAGGAGCAGAAGCAUUAGUUUUUCAAACUAAAACUCAUCCAUAUUCACACCACCCAAAUUUAAAAAAUCAUCAAAAUUUUAUAAUAAAAUUUAGACCUUCAAAACCUUAUAGACAUCCAAAAAUAGAUUUACAAAUUAAUAAAUCACGUACAAUUGGAGAAGCAAAAUUUAUAUAUAAAUUAAAUAAAUUAGGAAUUGAAUCACCAUCAUUAAUAUCUUGUGAUUUUAAUAAUGGAAUAAUAUGGAUGGAAAAUUUGGGUUCAUAUUUACCAAAUGGUAAUAUAAGUUCUUUUAAAAAUUGGUUAUGGUAUUUGGAAAAAAAUAAUUUAGAUUGUACCAGUGAUGAGGUAAAAGAUGUUUGUUUCAAAGUAGGUGAAUUAAUUGGUAGACUACAUUUAAAUGAAAUGAUUCAUGGAGAUUUAACAACUUCAAAUGUUAUAUUGACAGAUAAUGAUGGUAAUUGGAAACCAGCAUUAAUUGAUUUUGGAUUAUCUACAUUUUCAGGGUUAGCAGAAGAUAAAGCUGUUGAUUUAUAUGUUCUAGAGAGAGCUAUUACAAGUACACAUUCAGUUUUUGCAGAUAAAUAUAAUCAAUGGUUAUUGGAUGGAUAUGAAUCAGUACAUAGUCUGAAAGAAUUCAAAAAAAUUGGUAAAAAGAAGUAUGACGAAACCAUACGAAGAUUAGAAGAUGUUAGAUUAAGAGGUAGGAAGAGAAGUAUGUUGGGAUGA